GCGCUCACGGCGCGCAACAACGCGAGAGCAUGUGUGGCCAGUAGAGCUCACUCAGACUGUGCACUGCAGUACAUGCGACUUAUCAACCGCCGCUGUGUUUUCAACCCGUGCCAGCGUCACAGAACGAGAAACCUUCACACACUGGUGUACAGCUUGGAGAGGAUUUCUCAGAUCUAGGGGACCUUGGCUCUGCAAUCAUCCUCAAGCGUUCAAGCUAUUCCUGAGAAGCUCGCCCAACGUUUACUCGUGUCUGGCCUCUCUGUCGGUCAGUCUCCCUUUUCUCUUCUUCUGUUUCUCCGACAUUGGGUUUCUCUGUGUCUUUUUAGUCGGCUGAUCCAGGAUGAAUGUAACUAUCCCUUUUUGCUACUUGUUUAUAUCGAGUUGGUUCCGUGUUUGUGGGUCUGUAGUGCCGUAAAGCAAUUCGGUGCUUCGCGAGACCCACAAGAGUGGGCGGCGGGUUACCGGCAGAAACUUGCAUCCCUUUUCCGCCAAGAUGCGCCAGGGGGAGUCGAAACAGCGAUCAAUCGACCCAUAAAGUCUUAAAGAACCAUCACAAUUACUCUCAACCUCUCAUAUUAAGGUAAAUUAAGCCAAAUAAAAUAAGACAAAAAGUUGCAUAGUUCCCCUUUAAAUAGCUUUUACUGUUAUUCAGGGCUAAAAAGUGCAUUGACAUUUUAAAAUGCAAGGCAACUACUAUGGUUUGUUGAAAAAUAAUAAUCAUCAUUAGGGCUGGGUAAAAAAAUCAAUUUAAUUGAUUUUGGAUCGAUUUCAUUAAAAUUUUGCAAUAUCGAUUCAUAGGGCAUGAGAUCGAUUAUCAUUAUUAUUUUUUAGUUUUGUUACCAUUAUUAUUAUUUUUGCACUUUAAUAAACAAUGCCUUCAUGCAAUUUGCAGUGAUGGAAUGUUUUACUUCAAGAACACUUUCACUUGCAAUUCCUUUCUAAUUUCAAAAUUACACUUUUGAGACUUGAGACAGUUUUGUUGACAGCUUUGUGCGCAUGUGCGUGCUUGCGCGUGUGUUCUUACCUGCGCUUGUGCUGAUGGCGGAGCCGUUAAAAGGUGUGUGUGUGUGUGUGUGUGUGUGUGUGUGUGUGUGUGUGUGUGUGUGUGUGUGUGUGUGUGUGUGUGUGUGUGUGUGUGUGUGUGUGUGUGUGUGUGUGUUUCCAUCUAUGUUCGUGCCCAUGUGCUUGCUUGCGGUGUGUAUGCAUUCACGCUUGGCACACGCACACUUGAGUCACUGGUGCGACAGCCCUGCUAUUAUAGUCCUAAGAUUGUUGGUGUCUGUCUAGGCAUCUUUCUCAAGGAUCUCGACGGGUAACGUGUUGACUUUGGGGUCCGAACCCAGAACCUUUUCUAUCCUGAUCCUAUCCCGCUCCAAUCAAAUAUUGUAGGGAUUAAGACUUAGGGUGGGAAAUACUGCCAAUCAGUUUUUUUUAUGUGUACAUAAAAUAUAUAUAUUUAUGCAUAAAUUAUAAAUCUAUAGAUGUCUAUUUGUACAUCGACAUACACACAGAGCUUUGGCUGACGUAAAUAUAUAUAUUUUAUGGCUCUUGAUCCUGUGGAUCUUCAACAGACCAGAAGCAGCAUGUGUUGCCUCACCGCGCGGCUCCUAGCAGCAGUGCAGCCCCUGGGCGCAGCAGCAGCAGCUGCAGUAAUGCAACAAUGCAUGACAGCGGAGCCACCAUGCGCUUUAUGCAGCACAGUGCCGACUCCCCAGCCAGCAUGACUAGCAUGUGCUCCUGAAUAAACUGUGUGUGUGUGUGUGUGACAAUAUGGCACAUAAACACACAUCAUCGCUCUGUCUUUCUUACACACACACUCGCACACAACGCUGGUGCAGGGUAGUGUGUUUGUGUGUGUGUAUUGCCCGUCUAACAUGGGCUUGGGUGGAAGAUGCAGCACUACAUUUAUUCGCUAAGGAUUAGGGUAGACUCCUAUCAAUAAUGCAGAGCUCACAGGGUUGCUGUGAACUCAUGCUUUUCAUGUUUCAUGAGCUUCUUCCACCACUCUUGACCCUCUCUCUCUAUACGCCAUGGUGUAAGGCUACAGGAACGUUGGCCUUUGGUACAAUGAACUGACAGAUGACAGACUCUGGUGGAGCGUGACAACGAUAUAGGGUCUAUAGGCGCUAUUGUUUGUUUUUAUGCUAGGGAUUAACCGGUACUAUAUUGUGUAUCGGUGUCUGUUUCCAUAUCAACCAUAACCACAGGUUUAGGAUAUCACAAAACAAUAGAUGGUGUAAUCGAUGCGUAGACAAGUCUCCGGAGUCCUCAUUCACUAUGCUGACCGCUUGAAACCAUUAAGAGAGAUAGUCAAUUAGUAGCAGUUUGGUAAUAGCUUGAGACCAAGAAUGGCAAAGAUCAAUGUUUUGACAUCAAAAACAAAAUAAUCACAUGACGAAAGGUUUCAGUAUCUGUAUUGCAUGAUCGAAAUGGAAAUUUAUUUUGUGCCAUCCCUAAUUUUCCAAUUGGUUUUGCAUUCUAUCGAUUGCUAUAGUUGUAUAGUCCAUAUGAUUGAAUCCAAAUAAGAUGUUAAAUUAGCUUCUAUACUGACCCCAGCCAGUUUGCGCUAAGCAAGGAUUUGAAGAGGCCCAAUAGCUGCAUACUGUCUCUCUUCCUCUCCUAUUGCUCCACCACUCCUCUCCUUCCUCUUGCUCCACCCCUCUUCCUUGGGUGGAUGACAACCCCCUCCUCUACAUGUUGAAUCCUAGCAUACUGUCCUCGUGAUGUGUCUAUAUUUAGACGAGAAAAGAGAUUGAGCAAAAUAGAAGAGGAGUGAAGAGAAAAGAAGGAGGCUGGUCAAUGGCUGUGUUCUGGCAGCUAUCGGUGGUCACCAAGUUUUUGGUGGUGUAAAGUAGCGUUGGCUGUAGACACUUUUGGAAAUACAGCUAGGGAAACACAGAAAUCAGUGCAGACUCAGUAUGUUUUGAGAGAGAAGGCUGUGGACCUAAAGAGAACUCUCUGAUAAGGCGACACUUCCCCUUCCAGCAAGCAGAAAAUCAUCUAACGACCAGCUCCUUCUCUCCGUAAGAAUCACAGAAAACGGGAAUCCAACUCGGUGGAGCAGCAGCCAGGCCAGGCCAGGCCAAACCCUUCACCAUGGAUGUGGACGAGGAAGAGAACAUGAGUUCGAGCAGCACCGAGGUUAAGGAAAACCGUAACCAUGACAACGUGUCCUCCAAAGAGGGCGGGGCCGGGGCCGAGCCGCUCUCCAACGGCAGCGGCGGGGGGGGCGGCGGCGGCGGCGGUGGCAGCCGCAAGCGCCCGCUGGAAGAGGGCAGCAACGGACACUCGCACUCCAAGUUCCGUGCCAAGAAGCGCAAGAAAACGCCGGGGCCCGUGCUUCCCAAGAACGCCCUGAUGCAGCUGAACGAGAUCAAGCCCGGCCUGCAGUACAAGCUGCUGUCCCAGACCGGCCCCGUGCACGCGCCCGUGUUCGUCAUGACGGUGGAGGUCAACGGACAGCUCUUCGAGGGCAUGGGCCCCACCAAGAAGAAGGCCAAGCUCAACGCGGCGGAGAAGGCGCUGCGCUCCUUCGUGCAGUUCCCCAAUGCCUCGGAGGCCCACCUGGCCAUGGGCCGCACGCUGACCGUCAACACAGACUUCACCUCGGACCAGGCGGACUUCCCCGACAUGCUGUUCAACGGCUUCGAGACGCCGGCGCCACCCGACGACGCCUUCUACCUGGGCUCCAACGGGAGCGGGCCCCUGAACUCGCUGGGGGAGUACCCCCUGCCCGUGCCCCCCGGCAGCGGCCUUGCCCAGGCGCCCCUGCCCCCGCCGUCGGUCUUCAGCUCGCCCACCAGCGGGAAGAACCCGGUGAUGAUCCUGAACGAGCUGCGGCCGGGACUCAAGUACGACUUUGUGUCGGAGAGCGGCGAGAGCCACGCCAAGAACUUUGUGAUGUCGGUGACGGUGGACGCGCAGACGUUCGAGGGCUCAGGGCGCAACAAAAAGCUGGCCAAGGCGCGGGCGGCGCAGGCCGUGCUGUCGGCGCUCUUCAACAUGCAGCUGGACCAGACGCCGUCCCGCCAGCCCAUCCCGCGCGAGGGGCUGCAGCUGCACCUCCCCCAGGUGCUCGCAGACGCCGUCUCCCGUCUGGUGGUGGAUAAGUUCAGUGAGCUGACAGAAAACUUCACCUCCCCUCACGCACGGCGGAAAGUCCUUGCGGGGGUCGUCAUGACAACAGGCACCGACGUGAAGGAGGCGCAGGUGAUCUGCGUUUCCACGGGAACCAAGUGCAUCAACGGCGAGUACAUGAGCGACCGCGGCCUGGCGCUCAACGACUGUCACGCUGAGAUCAUCGCCCGCCGCUCGCUAAUCAGAUACCUCUACGCCCAACUGGAGCACUUCCUGGGGAACAACAGGGAGGAGCACCAGAAGUCGAUAUUCCUGCGCUGUGACAAGCGGGGCUACCGUCUGAAGGACAACGUCCAGUUCCACCUGUACAUCAGCACCUCUCCCUGCGGAGACGCACGCAUAUUCUCCCCCCACGAGGCGGCAAUGGAAGACCAGGGCGACCGGCACCCCAACAGGAAGGCGCGGGGCCAGCUGAGGACCAAGAUAGAGUCUGGGGAGGGGACCAUCCCCGUGAGGUCCAGCAACACCAUCCAGACCUGGGACGGGGUGCUGCAGGGGGAGCGCCUGCUCACCAUGUCCUGCAGUGACAAGAUCGCACGGUGGAACGUGGUGGGGGUGCAGGGCUCCCUCAUGAGCUACUUCUCGGAGCCCAUCUACUUCUCCAGCAUCAUCCUGGGCAGCCUGUACCACGCCGACCACCUGUCCCGGGCCAUGUACCAGCGCAUCUCGGAGAUCGAGGAGCUGCCCACCCAGUUCAGCCUCAACAGACCCCUGCUCAGCGGCAUCAGCAAUGCGGAGGCGCGCCAGCCGGGCAAGGCCCCCAACUUCAGCGUGAACUGGGCGGUGGGCGACCAGGCCCUGGAGGUCAUCAACGCCACCACGGGGAAGGACGACGUGGGCCGCGCCUCCCGCCUCUGCAAACACGCCCUCUACAGCCGCUGGGUGCGCCUGCAUACCAAGCUGUCCUCCACGUUGAGGAUCAAGGUGUCCAAGCCGGGCUCGUACCACGAGGCCAAGCAGGCUGCGUCUGAGUACCACGACGCCAAGCAGGCUCUGAUCAAGGCCUUCCACAAGGCUGGCCUGGGGGCCUGGGUAAAGAAGCCCAUCGAACAGGACCAGUUCACCCUUACCUCCUGAGUCCCCUGGGCGUUGGGGAGCAGGGGGACCAGGGGAGAGGAUCUGAACCCCGCCCCUUCUGGAACUCACAAACUUGUCCUUCACACACACACACAAACACACAUGAAUACACGCUCAACCCACCACCACAAAACCACACCUCUUACCCAGGCAUGAAUGCGACCCCCCCCACCCCCUUCCCAUCGACCUGACCUGUGUGUGUGUGUGUGUGUGUGUGUGUGUGUGUGUGUGUGUGUGUGUGUGUGUGUGUGUGUGUGUGUGUGUGUGUGUGUGUGUGUGUGUGUGUGUGUGUGUUUUUGUGUGUGUGGGGAGAUGGGGUGCGUGUGUGUGGAUGUGGACUUCAUACACAUUGUAAAUAUGUGUGUGUAUGCGUGUUUUCAACAACGAUACCCCCUCCCCCAACCUCAUCUCGUUCUCAUUCCUCAUAGAACAUCCUCAAACGUCAUGCUGUUUUUUUUUAUCAUUGUUGUUUUGUUGUUUUAAAGAUUAUAGCUAUAAAUCGACUUAAAACUGGAAUUUAAAAAAUAUUGAGAUUUUUUUAUGACGUUUUUAUGAGAUAUUUCCUUAUUGCAUUCAUCACUCCUUGUUUUUUUAGUUUUUUUAAGUAAAGACAUUAUGUCUAUUGAGUGCGAAAUGUAGUUUUUACCUAGACAAAAACAGGCAGAUUUAUUAAGUACCUUUUAUUUUUUCAUUUUACUUUUAAUUUAAAAAUGAUGCGUACUUCUGAAGGAUGUAAAUCUAGUAGAAAAGGUUAAAUACUAUAAAACGUGUUUUAGUUGUGUUUUUUUCUUAGAGCCUUUAUUAAAAAGAAAGACCUGAUCCUAAGAGUUGUGGCCCUCAAUUAUUUUAAUUAUUAUAUUCCUAUUAGAAUUGGUAUGAAUUAUAUUUUGUAUUAAUUACUAUGAAUUAUAGUUUAUAUUAAUUACUAUAAAUUAUUAUUUGUAUGAAUAACUAAGAAUUAUAUAUUUUUAGCAAUGAAUUGAUGAUAAUGAAUUAUUUUUAAUAAUUUCUAUCAAUGAUUCAUUCAUUCCUCACCAUUUGAUUCCCAAUAUUCCCCUCAUUCUUGUAUAUGUGUCUUUUAAACGUCUUUUAGGCCAUUGUCAUUUCAUUUUUAUGAAAACAUGAACCAUGGUGAGAUACUGGUGAGAGGCUGAUGACACCCCUCCCUUCCUAACAACCCCCUACUGCCCCCCUCUCCCAGUUGUGGCCUAUGGUUGGGGUGGGGUCAGUGGGCUGUAGGGGGGUGGUGUGUGUGUGGAGGGGCUGCACUCCAGGGCUUUGCAUGGGAACUGAACUUGGAGAAAAGUCUUGAGAUGGAACGUUGUAAAUGAAUGCCAGCAUCUUGCUACUCCACAGGCAGCUUUGAAACUUUCUCUCUCUCUCCUUGCUCCCUUUUCUAGAUGUUUCUGUGUGCAUUUGAGUUUGAAUGAUUUUGUUUGAUUUCGGGGGAGUUUUGGUUAUUAAACUGGGUUGUGUUUGAGUAGAUGAGGAUUAGGUGAAAAGGUGGUUCUCUAAUUUGGAACAAAUGGGAACAGCGCUGCAGCUAGGGUUGUUACAGCAGACACCAGGAACCCUGGAUCCCUUGAGGAAUCCGCAGUGUGUCCACCACGCCACCUUUUCACUCAGACCAGGAGAUGGAGAUGGCUAGGCCUCCAACUCCCUCUAUAGCAGGGGUUCUUAAACCUUUUCAUUUCAGGACCCAAAAUACCAUUUCUUUGAGUCUGUUGGACCCAGCCCCCGCACACUCAGAAAAUGCU